AUGUCACAAAAUCUCAAAUACCGGCCGAUCGAUGUGAGGCCUGGCUUAGCCUCUAGCCUUGUAAAUGUUAGACUGUGGCUGGAAGAUUGCCUACAGGAUCACAAGGGUUGUAUGAGUAGGAAGCUUACCUUGGCAAAGCUGCCGAAGAGAUUAAUUGAGAUUCUCAACGAAAGAGAUCUAAGCCUCGUCGAGGGGGUGGAUAAGGACUAG